UUUGCUAGAGGAGCAACUAUUAUGUUACUGAAGAGCGCAGCGGCGGUGUUGCUGGCGGUGGCGGCUGCCCUGGCGCCGUCCCAGGCCGACGACGCCGGGGAGAGCCAGCAGUCGGCGAAGGAGGAGCAGCCCUUCGGCGAGCGACUCGUGGACGAGAGCGACACCAAAUCUCUUCUGCAGAAGAACAAGUUCAUCUUCGGAUCCCUGUCGACCACCACGUACACGGGCGUGGCCGUGUCCACCUCGACCGUAUUCUUCUCGUGCUUGCUGGGCACGGCCGCCACCGUGUGCCAAGGCCGCCGCCGCCGCCUCAGGAAGAACGCCAAAUUCGACGCCACCGCCUCCUACGAGGAAGAGUCGAGUCUGGACAGCAGCCAGGUCCCUGUCACCAAGCCGCGCGAGGAGGACUCCAGUAACCAGGAAGUAGAAGAGAAAUCCAGGUUCGCCUUCACCGCCUGGACGACGUCGAGGACCUCCACCACCGUCACCGUCCUCUUCACCAACACCUCCACCACGCUCCGCAUCUCGAUAUUCUGCAUCGCCGGCUCGCUUCAGUUACCGCAAUUCAACUGUCAGAAUCCCUAAAUGACGCCUCGGGUCCUCGGCAGGAAUUCUAUCCCUUUUUCAUUCUAGGAAAAAAGGGGUGGAAUACCUGUGCUCCGUAUUUAUGUUUAGGUUAAGAUGGAGGAGAGUCCAAAUGUAUAUGCUUUAAAUGUGAUUAUAAUGA